CCAACGCAUUCACAUCCAAUCACCCCACCCUGAUUUUUCUCUGUAAUUCUCAACUCCUUAACCCAAAACCCUAAUCUCAUAAACCUUCAACACAACAAUGGCGGCAAGAUCAUCUCUUCUCGGGCCACCAGAGCUUCACGAUCCAACGCUACUCACCCAAAAAAAAUCACAACAAAAUUCCACUCAGGCCAACACAGACCGGUUCAUGGACCUGAUGAUCGCCAAGUUCAACGAAACAGUAGUCGAUACCAUGCCGAUUCCUGAAAUGACUAUAACCAAAAGAAGAUCGCCAACUUAUGAAUCAUCAGGAAAUCCAUGCCUGGAUUUCUUUUACCAUGUCGUACCCGAUACUCCGAUCAGUUCGAUCAAGAAUUUACUCUGUUCUGCCUGGGAGAAGAAUCCGUUAACGACCCUGAAACUUAUUUGUAACCUGAGGGGUAUUCGUGGCACGGGAAAAUCCGAUAAGGAAGGGUUUUACGGGGCGCUGAUCUGGCUGCAUCAGUUUCAUCCGAAAACACUGGCGUGUAAUAUUUCUUGCAUUGCACGUUUCGGGUAUCUAAAGGAUUUGCCUGAGAUUCUUUACAGGCUUUUGGAGGGGCAUGAAGUGCGCGCGAGACAGAAAGCGGAUUGGCAGAGGCGAAAAUCGCAAGGAUGCGGCCCGGGGAUGAGGCAGAUACAUGGUGGGACUCGUAUGAGGCAGCUACAUGGUGGGACUCGCCAAGGUCCCUUUCAGAAGGCGAAGGGAUUGAACCGAACGAAGCUGAGUGUCACUCGAGAGAUCAGAAUAGCUAAUUCUGUGAAAAGGAAUCAGAUUGAGAAGGAGAAAGCUAGUAAAUUGAGGAAUCAGAGAAGGGUUGAUAUGGCUAAGAAAGUUUAUAAGAAAUUCAAUCAAGAUCCGGAUUUUCGGUAUUUAUACCAAAGAAUUUCUGAUUUUUUUGCUGGUUUAUUGAAAGCUGAUAUGGCGCAUUUGAAGUCCGGAGAUAUCAGAAACAUAAGCCUCGCCGCUAAAUGGUGCCCGUCUCUUGAUUCUUCGUUUGAUCGAUCUAUUUUGUUAUGCGAAAGUAUUGCGAGGAAUCUCUUUCCGAGAGAAUCCUAUUGUGAAUAUGAAGGUGUUGAGGAAUCACAUUACGCUUACAGGAUUCGUGAUCGGCUACGAAAGGAGGUUUUGGUGCCGUUGCGGAAAGUUCUUGAAUUGCCAGAGGUCUACAUUGGUGCUAACAAAUGGAGUGAGAUUCCAUACAACAGAGUUUCUUCUGUUGCGAUGAAGCUUUACAAGGAGAGAUUCUUGAAACAUAAUUUCAAGCGUUUUUCUAACUACUUGAAGGAUGUGAAAUCGAAUAAGGCGAAAAUCGCAGCUGAUGCGUUGCUUCCUCACGAAAUAAUUUCAUCUUUGAAUGACGACGAUGGCGGGCAAGUAGCGGAAUUGCAAUGGAAGAACAAGAAGAAGAAGCCAUCAUCCGAGGAUGGGACUAUGAGAAAGUUGAAAAAUUGUAUAGCUAUUUGUGAUGUGUCCAGUGAAAUGAUAGGGACUCCGAUGGAAGCGUCGAUAGCGUUAGGCUUGCUAAUUUCCGAGCUAAGCGACAAGCCAUGGAAAGGAAAGAUUAUCACUUUCAGUGAUAAUCCAAAACUUCAAGUCAUCCAAGGAAAAACCCUCUUCGAAAAGAUAGAGUUUGUGAGGAAAAUCAAUAUCGACUCGGACUGCAAUUUUCAGAAAGUGUUUGAUCUGAUCCUGAAAGUUGCUGUGGAGGGGAAAUUGAAGGAAGAUGAAAUGAUUAAGACGGUUUUUGUGUUUAGUGACAUGGAUUUUAGUAGAGAAUCAUCAAAUGGCAAUGAAACUAACUAUCAAGUUAUAGUGAGGAAUUUUAGAGAGAAAGGGUACCAAAAAGUGAUACCUGAGAUAGUGUUCUGGAACCUGAGAAAUUCGAAGGCUACACCGGUAAUCGCUACACAAAACGGCACGGCAUUGGUGAGCGGAUUUUCGAAGAAUUUGAUGAAGCUGUUCUUGGAUAGAGAAGGCGAAAUGACGCCUUUAUCCAUUAUGGAAGCUGCCAUCUCUGGAGAAGAGUAUCAGAACCUUGCUGUUGUUGACUAGUUCUAACUUAUUGUAGACAGUUAUUGUAGUUUUUGCAAUUUAACUUAUAAUUAAUUCAGAUCAAAAUUUUUUCUUUAAA